AUGGCGGCUGCAGAAUGGAAACAGAAAUGUGAUACGGAAUGGCAGCUGAAAUCCAAAAGCAUUCCUAUGCCCGACAGCGUGGACUGGAAGACCGUGUAUGAGAAGAAACCCCUGGGGAGGAAUCUGAUCAAGAACCCCUCGCCCCACGGUGUGACUCACAAUGUACCGCCACCGGAGCGCGAGUUAACGGAACAACGGCCCGACCCUGCCCAGCCGCCUCGCUUUGAGCCAGAGGGUGACUUUACAGGCUGGAGUACAAGCACCGAGGUGUUGCCCUAUGAUACAAGUGGCAUACCUCCGGGUGUGGUGGUCUGCAACCUGCCGCAGUUCAGUUGGUUUUCUUUGGAGCAGCGUGUGGACCUGAAGGCUGAAGGGCUAUGGGAUGAACUGUUGGAUCAAUUCCAACCUGACAUAGUCAUUGAGGACUGGUACGAGGAGAGUCAACUGCAUGAAUCAAUCUAUCAGUUAAACGUGAAGCUGCUGGGAGCUGAUGGCCAAACUGUCAUUAAGGAGUACAGCUGCGGACCAAAAGAGAACCUGGAGGAGUAUUCACACAACUGGAAACAGGUUUCUCACGUCUUCUCUGGCUAUGGGCCAGGUGUAAGAUAUGUACUCUUCCACCACAAACUGAAGAACCAAUUCAUGGUGGAGUUCUUUGGUACCAUGGUGACCGGCAGCUCAGUGAUCGUCAAGACAACCAAGUCCAGCGGCGCCUAACCCAGCAGGACAGGCAGACUACGAUAAAGUCAACUGGAGAAGAAUAUGCACUGUACACAUCAUUACGACACUGUGUGAGAGAUUGGCCCACAGUGUAUUUCGUUUGUUUUGGGGUUUUUUCCCUCCGUUUUUUUUCUGUAAUGGCUUCCCCUGUGCACUUAUACAGCAUGCGGCACCUACUCUUAAAACUGCACACGGCUUUGAGCUUCCAAGCAAGCAAAAGCAAGCAUCUCUCUAAUGGCACUGGUUAGACUUAUACGUAACAGUAUAAUGGCCUUAAGUGAAGAGUGUAUCUUCACAGAAAAGAAUCUGCUUUGAUGGUCAAUAAUAAUUAAACAGUUCUCUUUCAAAGAAGACUGUAUAAUGGCGUUCAUUUUCUAGAUACAACGCUGAGAGAACUGUAUUUGGUCACGCUGUCUCCAAUCACACAGCACGACACCCACCGUCUUAGAUUGUUCUCAGAUGA